ACAACAAGAGGCUGCCCAUAGGGAGAUGUGUUAUCACCCCUGCUAUGGAGUCUGGUCGUAGACGACCUGUUAGUACUACUAACGAACAAUGGGAUCCGCUGCCAAGGGUAUGCGGACGAAAUUGUAAUUAUAGCAAAAGGUAAAGACGAAGACACUCUCUGUGAGCUAAUACAAAGAGGUCUAAACCUGGCGAAGAGGUGGUGUAUGGAGGUUGAAUUGAAUAUCAAUCCCUCCAAGACGACCUUAGUCCCGUUUACGAGACGCAGGUCCCUACCUGGUCUCAUUAAUCUCACACUUGGGGGCAGAAGGAUAGGGCUUUCAGGAAAGCCCUCAACCUCCCCUCUAUCCCCGCCAGGGGCUUGCAGCAUGUAAACCUGACCUUGGUCAAAGCAACAAAAGCUUUAAUGGUGUGCAAUCGGCUGGUAGGAAAGUCCUGGGGCUGUAAGCUGAGGCUCGUUAGGUGGUUGUAUACCAUGAUAGUUCGACAAAUAAUCACAUACGUGGCGGUGGCCUGGGCCUCAAUAGCAUCGCAGACUUCGGUAAAGACCAAACUAUCGAAGCUGCAGCAGCUAGCCUGUGUCUGCAUGACGGGCGCAAUGCGCACUUAUCCAACGGCGGCACUGAGGUUCUGCUGGAACUUACUCCGCUUCAUUUGGUUAUUGGUCAGGUAGCCAAGCACACAAUUCUGCAAAUAAUGGCAGAGGGGGUUGGGGCAAUGGCAGGGUAAUCUCGUCCCAGAGGAUGAAAAAGAUAAGUGGCGAUAUACCAACAGCCCUCAUCCCGAGGGACAGCUUGGUAGUGCUGUUAACUUCAAGAAAAAGUUUAAGGUCACCCUCGGCAGCAAAGGGGAGUGAAAUGACUCCAAUCUCGAGCUGAUGUUGAGGAAUAGCAUGCUGAGGUGGUACACCAAUGGCUCGAAAAUGUCGGAGGGAAUCGGUGCAGGGAUCGCGGGCCCACGCACUAAGCUCUCCAUACCCAUGGGAGAGUUCCCAAGCAUUUUCCAGGCAGAAGUUUUUGCCAUAAGUCGGUGUAUAGAAAUAAACCUCCAUCGCAACUAUUGCAAUGAGCAAAUAGCCAUUCUCAGCGAUAGUCAAGCGGCGCCAAAAACGAUCUCCUUUUACGAAAUCAAAUCGCAAUUAGUACAGAAGUGCAGGGGAAGGCUGAACAGCCUUGCAGAACGUAACCAGGUACACCUAAUUUGGGUGCCUGGUCAUAGAGGUAUAGCCGGUAAUGAACCGGCGGACGAGCUAGCCCGCUCCGCAGCCUCCACCAGAAUGAUGGGACCCGAACCCUUUAUCGGGGUAGGUCCUCAUACCAUAAAGGAGCUACUCCGCAAGGAAGAAGGAGUGGGCAGGGAAGAGCAUUGGCAGCAAACACGUGGUAUGAGACAUGCCAACUUGCUAAUUGGAGGAUACAACUUGAGUAGGUUCAAGGUUGUAAUAAACCUCCUUAGGAACAAACUCAGGCUACUGGUCGUAUGGUAUACCGACCACUGCAAGUUGAAUAGGCAUUUGUACAACAUGGGCCUAUCAUCUUGCGAAAACUGCCGGUUCUGCGACUUGGAGCCUGAAACCCCGGAACACCUGCCGAUCGACUGCACAGCAGUCAGUAGACGCAUGCUUAAGGCCCUUGGAUCAAUGUUUCCGGAUAGGGAUCGCAUAGCCUCAUUAGCGCCCGGAAGUCUAUUGAACUUCAUCAAUGCGCUGGGGUUAGGUGAGUCGCGGUGCACUCCUCAUAUUCAAUCAAUCAAUCAAUCAGUAUCAAUUAGUAUAAAAGAAUUGAACCAUUUCAACCGAACCGAACCGCGGUUAAGGAGUACUCACAAACCGGUUCUUGAACAGGCACAUUUUUUUUCUCAGUGGCUUGAAUCACUAAACCGAACUGCGUCGAUUUUUGCAGCGGUUUGCAGCCCAGCACACUGGUCGAUAAAUAAACAAAUAAAAGUUUGAAAUAUACCACUGUUUGUAUCAAAGCUAUUUCUUAAAAAAACAAUAAAACUAACGGUAAAUACAUUUUCAAGCUCCUUGCGUACAGCUGCAACCGAAACCAUUGGUUUUCGGAAAAUGCAAAAGAACAGCUGAUACGACGAGAAGUGCCGUGUUGCAGCGAAGAGAAAACAGACUGCCUACCUCGCAACGUGUGCGGGAUGGGAUAGACACCGUGAGUAGAGGAGAGAAACGAGACGCAUUUGCAGAAAAGCAAAGAGCUUGGUAAGCUAGCCGACAGGGUAAUGCUCGAAACUUCUACGAAAAACUGCGGCGGUCAAAGGUGAUCCAGUGAUCAAUGCCCAGAGCAUGCUAAAAUUAUGGAGGGAACACUUCUUCAGCCUGCUGAAUGGCAGUGAAAGUAUAAUGCCAGGAGAAGGCAAACCCUAUUCCCUAAUCUAUGACGUUGGAGCAGACGUUCCAUUGCGGGGGCCGAUUGAUUGCCGGCCGAGCUAUUCAAACACGGCGGCGAAGAACUGAUAAGCAGCAUGCUUCAGCUUCUUUUGUAUAAUAUGGUCGGACGAAAGCAUGCCCAACGAUUGAAAUUUAAAUGUGCUCUGCACAAAUAUCUCCUCUCAUGAAACAAUCAGGCGUCGCACUCGCGACUUAGCUCUCACAUCACUGUUGACAGUCAUAACUUUGAAGUUGUAGAUAGUUUCGUAUAUUUGGGAACCAGCAUAAACACCACCAACAAUGUCAGCCUGGAAAUCCAACGCAGGAUAACUCUUGUCAACAGGUGCUACUUCGAACUGAGUAGGCAAUUGAGAAGUAAAGUCCUCUCUCGACGAACAAAAACCAAACUCUAUAAGUCAGUCAUAAUUCCCGUCCUGUUAUAUGGUGCAGAGGCUUGGACGAUGACAACAACUGAUGAGUCGACGUUGCAAGUUUUCGAGAGAAAAGUUCUGCGAAAGAUUUAUGGUCCUUUGCGCGUUGACCACGGCGAAUAUCGCAUUCGAUGGGACGAUGAGCUGUAUGAGAUAUACGACGACAUUGACAUAGUUCAGCGAAUUAAAUGACAGCGGCUACUCUGGCUAGGUCAUGUUGUCCCAAUGGGCGAAUGGAGUACCCGCGGGUGGAAGCAGAGGAAGAGUAAGAAGGACCUGGCUUCGCUUGGAAUAUCCAGUUGGCGCCACAUAGCGAAAAGAGGAAACGACUGGCGCCCUGUUGUUAACUCGGCUAUAAUCGCCUAAGCGGUGUUUACGCCAAUAAAGAAGAGAACUCCUAUUUUUAAGUUUGUGAAAUGAUGCAUACUGCGAAAAUUUAUCUAUUGUUGUGAGAUACUGAACGUUUUUGUAUGGAAACCAAAUAUAUAUGUGAACUACGCCAUUAAAAUAC